GGGUGGGCGUUAGCCGGCCAACCAGCCUGCCUACCCGGCAAUGGGUAACUUCCUCCCCUCUCCCCGCCUCCUAGCCGAGCCUUAGCGGAGCCUCCUGUGCUCAAUCACUGCUAGCUGCGGCUGUUUUCAGCAGCGAUGGACGGCGAGCCAAGCGGCAAAGAACCCUACGACGCCGACAACCCUUACGGGACACCUCAAAAAUAUGAUCCAACUUUCAAAGGUCCUAUUUAUGACAGGGGCUGUACAGAUAUCAUCUGUUGCAUCUUGCUCCUGGCUGCCAUUGUGGGCUAUGUCGCUGUGGGAGUUGUGGCAUGGACACAAGGAGACCCCCGGAAGGUGAUCUAUCCCACAGACAGUCGUGGACAGUUCUGUGGCCAGAAGGGAACACCCAAUGAGAAUAAACGUUUAUUGUUCUACUUCAGCAUCAUGAAAUGUGCAAGCCCUUUGGUGCUGCUGGAGUUCCAGUGUCCCACCACACAAAUUUGUGUAGACACAUGCCCAGAUCGGUACCUCACCUACCUGCAGGCCUUCGCAAAUGACCCCUCAGCCACCAAGGAACUCAAAUACUAUCAGCAGUUUUGUGUUCCAGAAUUUAAAGACCUGAAGAAGAGUGCACCUGAAGUUUUGAAAGAUGGUCUCUGCCCAGCCAUGCUCACUCCAAGCAAGCCCUUGGCUCGUAGAUGUUUUCCUGCAAUCAACACUAAGAAAGGGGUCAUCAUGGUUGGGAAUGAGACAACCUUUGAUGAUGGAAGUGGACAGAAAAGGAAUGUGACAGAUCUUGUGGAAGGGGCCAAGAAAGCGAAUGUGGUUCUGGAGGCAAGACAAGUGGCUAUGAAGAUCUUUGAAGAUUACACUGUUUCCUGGUACUGGAUAAUCAUAGGUCUGGCAAUUUCCAUGGUGAUCAGUCUCAUCUUUAUUGUCCUGCUCCGGUUCCUGGCAGGGAUCAUGGUCUGGGUCAUGAUUGUGCUGGCAAUCCUGGUACUUGGAUAUGGAAUUUUCCAUUGUUAUAUGGAAUAUGCCCAGCUGAAAGGACAGGCUGGUUCUGAUGUUUCCCUGGUAGAACUUGGAUUCCAGACAGAUCUCCGUGUCUAUCUCCACCUAAAGCAAACCUGGCUGGCCUUCAUGAUCAUCCUAUGCAUUGUAGAGGUUGUCAUCAUUCUACUGCUCAUCUUCUUGCGGAAGAGGAUCCUUAUUGCCAUUGCACUGAUUAAGGAAGCAAGCAGGGCGAUUGGUCACAUCAUGACAUCUCUGCUGUUCCCUCUCUGCACUUUCUUCCUGGUGUGUCUCUGCAUAGCUUACUGGGCCAGCACAGCUGUUUUCUUGUCUACCUCUAAUGAAGCUGUCUACAAGGUGUUCAAUGAGACACAGUGCGGUUACGCCAGAAUGACUUGCAACCCAGAGACCUUCAAUACUUCCAACAUCACCAAGCAGUGCCCAGGUGCUCGCUGCCUCUUUGCCUUCUAUGGCGGUGAGACCGCCUACCACAAAUACCUCAUCAUCUUCCAGAUCUACAACGUCUUUAUGUUCUUCUGGUUGGCAAACUUUGUCAUUGCCUUGGGCCAAGUCACAUUGGCUGGGGCCUUUGCUUCAUACUAUUGGGCCUUUAAGAAACCAGAUGAUAUGCCAGCAUUCCCCCUCUUCUCUUCCUUCGGCCGAGCACUCAGAUACCAUACUGGUUCAUUGGCCUUUGGCUCACUGAUUCUUGCUAUUGUCCAGAUCAUUCGAGUCAUUCUGGAAUACUUGGAUCACAGGCUAAAAGCUGCAGAGAACAAGUUUGCCAAGUUCCUCUUGAUCUGUCUCAAAUGCUGCUUCUGGUGCCUGGAGAAGUUCAUCAAGUUCUUGAACAGGAAUGCGUACAUUAUGAUUGCCAUUUACGGCACCAAUUUCUGCACUUCUGCAAGAAAUGCCUUUUUCCUCCUCAUGAGAAAUAUCAUCAGGGUAGCUGUUCUGGAUAAAGUCACAGACUUCUUGCUUUUCCUUGGCAAACUCCUGAUUGUAGGAAGUGUCGGUAUACUUGCCUUCUUCUUUUUUACCCAUAAAAUAAAAGUGGUUCAAGACACAGCCCCACCUCUCAACUAUUACUGGGUCCCCAUUCUGACUGUGGUUGUGGGCUCCUAUCUCAUUGCACAUGGAUUCUUCAGUGUGUAUGCCAUGUGUGUGGACACACUCUUCCUCUGUUUCUUGGAAGAUCUGGAACGUAAUGAUGGCUCUACCGAAAAGCCUUACUUCAUGUCAUCUAAUCUAAGGAAGCUCUUGAAGAAGACUAACAAACACCAAGCAGAUGCAUAGCUGGCCUCCCCUUCUCAUGCUUCUAUGGGUAGCAUUCAGCAGACGCACUGAAAAAGACCAGCCUGAGCUUUGUCAAGCCCUUUCUUUGAAGAGCAGCAUCUGUGGGGUUAAAAGGUCCUGCUUUCACUUGCUGUGGCAGAAUAACAAUAGCUUUCCCAGAUUUGGAAAUUCUCAUGAGUCCCCCACCCUGCUUUGGCAAUGAAAAAUCUGUGUUGCAAUAGCGCCAUCUCCAUAUUAGUUUAUAGAGGUAUACCAAUCCAAGCAAAGCCAUCCUGCCCAUGAUUGGUGGUUGCCUGCAGUGGGCUUGUUGCUUGCCAGUGCAGAAACAGCACAGUUGCAAGCAGUCCACAGAAACUGCAACCCUCUAGCCAGUUGAGCUGGUUUUAUUCAUUUUACUUUUUUCCAGUAGACACUGAACUGGCCUAAAUCCAAGUGUUCUAGGUUAACUUUAAAAUGAACCAUCUCAGAAGUUAGAUUGCCUCAAUAACUGUCUUUUAAUCAUUUUUAUUUACUAAGUACAUGCCCUAAAUAUGUCUGUUUUUCUUGUAGUGGCAUUUACUUCCCUGUAUAUCUUUGUCCACUUGAGUGGACACCUUAAAGGAGCAGGCUGCCUAAGGGAGGGUUUAAGCAUGUCCUAUUGACUUCAUGUAUAAUUUAUUUCCUUCCCCAAAAGACUUGUAGCAUUUAGUGAAAUAGUGGCAAGAAAGGCUUAUAGGCAACCAUUAUUGGAGCUGCUGGGGAAGAAAAAUUUGGUAAUAGCUGUGUUGUUUCUUAAGUGAGGAUGGGGCAAAAUGGCUGCAGCAGCUUUGGCUUGCAAGGUCUGCAAAAUAUUAUUUGCCAGAAAAGAGCAAUGUGCGCAGAAAACAGAUUUAUCAACUAUAAAAUAACUAAAUAUGAAGCAGAACCUUAAUAUGUGCAAAACAUACAAGUAAAUGACAAGGAAGAAAGGAGGAGGAAUAAUUGGGGAAAAGUUCCAAAUUGUGGCUGUAGCUACUGGUAACUGUCCACAAGGAAAAUGAUAAUGCCAUCAGUCCAUUUUUAAAUCUGGCUAGUAAACUUUAUUUUUUGCUUUUUUUAUAGUUUUCUACUCUCCUUUAAAUCCCUGUACCUUUCAAAAAUAUUUUAUAACUGAGAUAUUAAACAUUUUGUUUUGUACAUCUGUUUAGGGGUUUGUUUUUCAGUCUGGGCAACUAUUAACAUACCUAAUUAAGCCUAAUGCUGUUUGUCUUUUUAGAAAUCAAGAUACUUAUUGUCUUCCCCUCACCUCCAAGUCAGUCCACUGCAUGGAAGAUGUUCUACCUUUAAAAUGUAGGGGAAUUUCAAAUGUAAUAGAUUAAAAAAAAAUUAUUUCUUUACUAUAUCUGAAAUCUAGUCUGAAAAAGACAUCAGUGGAAAGGGGAAUUAGGUGCUUGGCAUAGCCCUCCUUUUGGAAAUCCCAAUAAGCAGAUGCUAUAAUUGUCUCAGGUUGGAAAUGAACACUUUAACUGAGAAUAACCCCAGAUGCAAAGAAAUUGAUCUUGGCUGAUCUCUCGCCUUAAACAAAAUACUGUUAAAAAUGGAAAAUUCUCCUGCCUUUAACAAGGUAUGAUCUCAGACUAUUACACUACCGCUGUGCCUUCUAUACAGACACAGAAAAAUUGCCCAACCCAGAAUUAUAUUUGUAGAAUGUUGAUAGUCAUGAUUAUGUAUAUCUAUUAUACUGAAAAAGGUUAAUAAACUAGCUUCCUUUCAAGGGGCUAGUAGGGAAUACUGUGUUUAUUAAGGUUACACUAUACUUGCACAUGGGUAUUCAGAAAGUGAAUUGUGCUGUGGGAUAGUAUUUCUAUUUGCAAGGCCCCCUUUUAACUGUGACAUGAACAUUUAAGGCAGUGGUUAAGAGAGUUAGUCUUCAAUCAGGUAUCUGAUCAGUCUAAUGAUACCCAGAGUACCAGCAGCAGAUUGCACACAUUCCACUAAUAUACAAAUAAGCAUUAAUAAUAGUUGAGUUAUGCAUUCUUGUAACUAGAGUGCUUCUCCUACUAAAACUGAUACUGGAAACUGCUGUUGGAUAUAUGUUAAUGCAAAAUUAUGGCAUGAGUUUUCAUGGACUACAAGCACAUUCAGCAGGUGGCUAUGGACAGACCUUAUCUCCAUCAGAGCCUUUGAACUUGUUUCAACAUCGAAUGAUUACUUCUGACAUUUCUCCCUGGCAGCUAUGUUGCGCUUGAUUACUCCUAGGAGGACUGAAGAAACUUCUUUAUUGCAUCUUUCUGAACACUGAUUCCCUUGGGUAGCUUCAAACUACUAAAAUCUGUAAUGUUAAUCUACCAUCCAUCCUGUGUUAACCCUACAAGGAUGUCUAUCCCAAACUGCAGUUCAAAUACAUCAAGAGAAAAGCUUCCUAUGAUGCAGUUGUGAAAACUACAAAGAAAGCUCUGGCAGGACACCCAGCUCCAUUUCCAUGCACAUAUUUCCUUUGGACUGCGACCAGAGUCAUUUUGGUUGAUGGAAAUUCAGGCCAUGAAUAAUAGGUAUUUUCCAGGGUCCAUUUUAAGGAUGUUGAAUGCUGAUUAAGAAAGGAGUGGGGGUUGGCUCACCUAUUAGCUACUUCCCUAGGGAGCCUGAUGUAUAGUCAGCUGUUGGUCACCUCACUAGAAAAUAGUAUCAUUUGGGGGCAUGAUAGCAAUGAUGAGAGGAAAUGUAAUUCCAGCAGCCACUACUGUUUGGGCCUGAAAUUGGAUAGACUGUUGAGGUUGGAUUUAGGCUUUAUUUCCACCACCACCACCCUCCUAAAAUGAUGAGUAUACUGAUGGGUGGAAAACAGAAUUUUUUUCUUGUAUUGAUCAAAACUGGCCUAUCUUCAUCCCUUUGAAAGAUGGCAGAACUGAAGACAACGGUUGAUAAAUUGCAGAAAAUUGCUGGGCUUUUGCAGCAAACCUUUCAUGAAUGGGUGCUUUGGAGUAUAGGUGUAGAGCUAAUGCUUUAAUAGAAAACUCAGGCCGACUCAUUUUCUCUUGGGGCACUUUAACCACCAGUGGCUCUUAAGUAAUUAUUAUUCUGACUUCCUGUCUUUGAAAGCAGUUGACACUAAUGGUAUUAUAGGGCCUCAGUCCAUUGCCUGAUCAGACUCUUGCAUUCUUGAAAUAUCAUUUGUCUACUCCCUAGAUCAGCCUCUCAUUGCUUUCCUGCAUGGAUUUUUUGUCUUUACAAGAGCAUUUGACUUGAGCAUGAGCUGAAAAUCAAAUUGUUGGGAAUGUUCAAAUAAUACUUUAUUUUCCAGUUUUGAAAGAAUCUUCAUGUUGUGUAAUGGAAGUGUAUUUAUUUCACAGAACUAAUACAGUAAGCCCAACUUUUUCAAACAUGCAAGUGGCAUGACUCCUUUCUCAGCACUCCAAUCACAAAAUAAAGUGCCUGUUUUUAAAAUUUAAA